AUGGUGGGGUUCGUGGCGGCGCUGGGGGUGGAGCUGGCGAGGGGGACCGGCCUCGCGGCGCAGGUGGCGGAGGGCGCGGGGGUGCCGUGGUUCGUGGCGACGGCGUCGGUUCUGUCGCUGGCGUCGCUGGUGCCGCUGUUCAAGGGGGUGACGCCCGAGUCCCGCUCCGCCGGCCUGAUGACCUCCGACGCGGAGAUGUGGAACGGCAGGUUCGCCAUGCUCGGCCUCGUCGCCCUCGCCUUCACCGAGUUCGUCACCGGCGGCCCACUCGUCUGA